AGGACGCGGGCCAAGAACUUGGUUCACGUGCAAUGGGCCGCUCUUGGGCUCCAUGUUGGGUGCUUUGUUGACCCCAGCGCCCGCCUGUCCCUGGCAUGGGAGCUCCAGCGGCGGACUAGCCAAAACGGGACACACUCGCAGCGAUAACUGCCCCCAGCCCCAGCCCCGGCCUUGGGGAACCUCCGCAUUCCAUUUGCUCACCAAGGAGGCUGAUCACAACUGCGUAUCCUCCACCGCACGUCGGGGGAAGGCGCAACACUGCGCGGCCAACUUUUGGCAAAAACUGGGAGAUUUUGCGCCUCGGUCAGGGAACAAAAAGGACGACGUACCCUUAGCCGAGGCUCAACAAAUCGUCUGCCUCGUCGUCACACGGUUCCGUACGGUGGUACGUCGAGCAACCUGCAGGCAGGAGCGACAUCUUUUGGCGGCUGAGCCCGGACCGAACGAUACCGGCCGAAGGUGACGCGCGCACGCGACUGCCCGGGAUAUACCAUAUCCCCUUAUCCGAUUGCACCAACUCCAUACCUACAUACAGGUGCCUAUCGUAAAUUCCAGCCCCGAUGGAUAAAAUAGCACCCGCGGUCGUGCUGUCGGCGCUGUCGGCCAUCCCGUCGGCCAUCGUCGCCAUCGCCGGCAUCGUGGUCAGCCUCGCCGGCGCCGCCUACGCCCUGACGGUUACGGUUUUGGGCUAUGCUCUCACCGCCGCGGGCGCCAUGAUCACGCUCGCCGUCUACCCCGUCUCCCUGGCCUGGCGCGUUUUGUUCCUCGUGCUGUCACCCGUCAUCUACACUGUCGCCUAUGCGCUGGCGCCGGUUUGGUUUCUCGUCGGGCUGGCGCCCAAGCUGCAGCCUCUUUAUAUAUACUUUGGCUCAGCAGCCUUCGUUGGCAUCAUCACCGGCGUUGUCGUCAAGAUCAUUUCCGACUUGUCCGUCUCGGUGCUGAGACUGGACAAGGAAGAGCCCGCCGCCGACAGCGCGUCGCAGCUGGCGCGCCGCGGGAGCACCGCCAGCACCGCCACCUCGUCGGCUGCCGCUCAGCAGCAGGCGGCCCCGCCGUCGUCAUCCGCCGCCAUCGCGGGCAAGAAGCGCGGGGAACGCGAGGAUGACUACUUUGCUAGCCUCGGCCUCCCCGAGAUCGACUGGCAGGUCAUUGAUCGUAUCGAGAGUAGAGGUCCUCACAGCGAGCACAUGCGGAGGAUGCCGUUGCUGCAGUCAAUUAUAUUGGAGGAAGAGGAAGAUGACUCUUCCAAUGGCGGCUAUUGACGAAAAAAGGAGCCCGCGCAGGGACUUGCACACCCGCCGCGCCGGCCUGGGAACCUGGUCUAUGUGAUAAUACUAUAAUACAGAGCAUGAAGAACUGCUCUCCUUCGAGUGUCGACCGCUCUCUCCGCCGCCUUCAAGUUGCCUUUGAGGAUCGCUGUCAAUGCCGUGUAAU